AUGUCGACUACUACUCUCCGCCCAGCAGCGACCGCCUCGCCGGCGUACCAACCUCGUACCUUCCGCCCAGUCUCCCCCUUCCCUCCGACAAGCACAACAGUGGGCGGCAAUGCGGCGCCCAUCCCAGCCCCUCGCAACCCCACUGUCGUUCCCAAGCUCGACUACCCUCUUCCUUCCCGCCCUAUCACCCCUAUGCCUCCUUCCCAGCCCGCUCGGCUGGGCGCUGACCGAAUCGGUGCCGUCGCGCCUGCCGGUCUGCCCAUGCCAGCCCCCACAGAUGAGCGGCUACACCACCAUCGGAGCGGCAGUUCGCUCCGGAAUGAAGUCAAGCCAGGCGCAUCGGCAGAGAAGCGGCGACACCAGCCAUGGGGCCGGCCAUCAUCGACCGAGAGGCGGGAUGGAGACAGGGCAAAGGCAUCUCAGGAAGUGGAAGAUGGAGAAGUGCGCGAGGUGACGGCGGCGAUGGAGAAGAAUGCACACCAAGUCCUCCAGAUGCUCGCGGCGCUUCCAGCUCCCCUGCCCGAGAUGCUUCCUCCUACCUUCCUGCCUACGCCGAGCUCUACUCCAUCGCCUCCAUCCGGCUCGUUCACCAGCUUUGCUCGAAUGAUGUCCGCGUCAACCUCUCCCCGCUCAUCCGCCGGCUCAUCUAGCCUGGGCAAACGACGCCGGUCCUCGUCGGGCGGCCCGCCCCUUGUCGGUCUGGGUCUGAGCGGCGCCGAGUCAUCCACAAGUAAGAAGGCUCGAGGAAAGGGUGGGGUCUCGAUGACGCCCACAACAUCGACUUUCGGGUUCGGCGGAAAGACCAUAUCCCCCGAGAUGCGCCGAGCUUUGUCAGGCGGUGCGACGGGUAUCAAGGCGCCGUUCAUCGAAGGCAAGGAUACCUGGACGAAAGGCAAAUGGACCUCAGCUUCCUCCUCUUAUAAAGCUCGAGCGAUACUCCUCAAGCGGCACGGUGAUGCCCAUCUCCGACUCGCUGGCGCCAAGCCUCAAUUCCUCCAUCUCGCCGCGGACACCCUCAUGGGCCUGCUGUCCUUGACAGAUGCUGUCCUCCUCUGGCUUUAUGCCUAUUGGUGUGACGAGCAAGCCGAAGGCCGAGUCUCAACGAAGCCAUACAAAGAGUCGCAGGCGCUGCGGGAUUACGUUAAGGUCGAGUGGGAGAAAUGGGUCAGGAAAGGAUGGAGCGAGUAUGCCGGUGUGGAGGAGCAUGAGCGAGAAGGGUUGAGGGAGAUGGGGAAGGGGAUGAUUGGGUUGAUGUACCUCAUCGAAGCUGUAGUGUAUUACCAUCUUUCCGCAGAGCAGCUGCACCAUCUGAAUCGCCGAUCAGCGCAGAUCAACGCCCUCGCGCCGUCCGCUAUGGCCCCGACCACCUCCAUCCCAGGGAUCGCCGGUCCCACACCAACUCUUUCAUCCAGCUCCACUCUCCCAUUACAGAACGCACCCGGCGCCCAUACCUCCCCAAACUCCGAGUCCCCAUCACAGUCUGUGGGGCCUUCGCCCCACUCGGCGUCGUCCUCUAGCCACCCCGAGAUCCCAACCGAGAUCAUGGGCCUCAUCGCUACGUCGACUACCCAGUCUUCGCGCGCGGCCUCCAACCUUCUGCACUCGCGACACCACCUUCCGCUCUCCCUUCUCCGAUCGCGCUUCCCCGGGACAUAUGACCUCGCUGUCAACUCGGAGCUGGCGGACGAGAGCUUGCCGCCCCCUAACGAUCCCCUCGGGGCGGCGCGGAAGGUGGAUAUCGAUACCCUCGAGCGCUUCGUCUGGCCCAUCGAGCUGGGUAUGUGUGCGCCCAUGGCGCACAUGACGAUUUUUGGGCGGGCGCUCGUACGGGAGAUGGCGGAAACGGCUGGGAGGGAGUGGGAUACCGAGAUCGGGGUCGUGCCAUAG